UUUAUGGCAGAAACAGCAGGGGGAAGCUUCAUACCUCACGUGCUCACUGUGCAAAUUGGAGAGAAUUUGGUUGGAACGAUAAUGUCAUUUUUUGAGAAAGGCCCUCUAUCGGUUUGCAUACUUUCUGCUACUGGUGCUAUUUCAAACGUCACCAUUCGUGAACAUGCUGGUUCCAAUCAUAUUAUGAGAUUUGAGGGUACCUUUGAGAUAUUGUCAUUAUCAGGAGCUUGCACCUUCGUUGGUGGUAUUAAUGGUCCAGUUCGUACAAGUGGAUCGUUGAGCAUUUCAAUGGCUAAAUCUGAUGGAAAUGUUUUGGGGGGAAUUCUUGAGAGUGCAUUGGUAGCAUCUUGCCCUAUUCAGCUUGUUAUGGCCACUUUCAAGCAAAACAUCAACAGUCAAUUCAAGAGGAAACAAUUGUUAGAAUUUUCUAAUGGCCCCCUUAUGCUGGAAAGUCCAGAUUCAGAAAGAGGUAAAACGAAAGUUCAAAAGUUGACAGAAGGAGACAAAAAUUGUUCUUCACCACCACCAACAGAACUUGGUCCAACAACAGUAUCUAAUGGCGUAGCAGAUAACGUGUUCUCUAUUACACCUAAUGGUAUAGCGGAUAAUGUGUUUUCUGCUACAUCAAAUGGUGUAGUAGAUAAUGUGUUUUCUGCUACACUUAACGGAGUAGCAAAUAAUGUGUUUUCUAUUACAUCUAAUGGAGUAACAGAUGACGUGUUCUCUGUUACACCUAAUGGAGUAACAAAUAACGUGUUUUCUGUUACUCCUGAUAGAGUAGCAGAUAUUACUGUUACUCCACACAAUGUGCACUCUGCAUGUAUUAUUGGUGUUGAUAUGGAUCACCAGGCACCGCAAUCUGCAUCAGAUGAUUCAGAUCGGAAGACUUCUGCAGAAGUGAAUGCAAAUGUUAUGGAGUUAUGAAACUGUCUGUUAUAGCCUCUUUGUUUGUAGUUUUCAAUGUGGAGAUUAAAUUUUAUGUUGUCUGGUUUAUGCCAGAGGUUAAUUAAGUAUUUAUAGUGUAUGACUUUGAAGAAUUGUUCAUCUAGUUAGUCAGCAUUGUAACUAUAUUAAU